UAGCUGGUAAUUUGGCACAACCUGGUCACACUGUUUUAACAGCUGACGGUAUAAAAAAUAAAGGCAUUUUUUAAUAUUUGAUUUCCCCAUUGAUUUCGGUAAAGCCAACGUGUUUUAUCCGAAAAUGGGCAAGCGACGCAGCCGGGAGCGAGAUCAGGAACCGCAAUCCUCCAGCGGCGACGAGGAGGACACCAAAAUCAGCGAACGCAAUUCAUCGAAAUCAAAGAAAACCAAGCGAAAGGCUGCCCGAGAUUCAUCCAGUUCGUCGGACUCCUCCUCCGGAAGCAAGAAAUCCACUCACAGCAGCCUCUCGCCCGGCAGAAAGAAGUCGAGGCCCGGCAGGAAACCCCGAGACUCCCCAGAGGCCACGGAAAAGCGCUCCAAACUGCCAGCGAAGCCCUCGGAGGAGGUGCAAGAGCAGCGCUCCAAGUGGGACAGUCCAGAGCACAGCGGCUCCCAUCGUAAUAGCACGAGGCAGCGCCGGCACAGCCGCAGCCGCUCCAGGGAUCGCGGCGAGCGGGAGAGGGACAGGGAACGGGAGAGGGAGCGGGACAGGGAUCGCGGAGACCGGGACAGGGAACGGAAUCGAGAUCGUGAGCGGGACAAUCAAAUGCAGCGCGGCAAGGAGCGCCGUCAGCGAUCUCCAGGACAGAGACAGCGAUCUCCAGGACAACGCCAGCGGUCUCGGAGCAGCGAGCGCAAGGAUCGGGAGCGGGAUCGCCAGCGGAGGUCGCCAGAAAGGAGGCCAGUUCGCCGCAGUCAAAGUCCCCGCGAUCGCACCCACCGCGGAGGUCGCGACUUUGGCCAGGGACGACAGCGAAACCAGCGUCGCGACAAUCGGAACAGGAAUGAGGACGAGCAGUACGACUGGGGAAAACAGGGCGACGACAAGGCGCCGCCCGAGGAGGAGGAACCGGUGGACAAGGAGAAGCCCAACUUCGGACUAAGUGGCGCCCUCACCGAGGACACCAACAAAGUGAACGGCGUGGUGGUGAAAUACUCAGAGCCGCCAGAGGCCCGAAAACCCAAGCGCCGCUGGAGAUUGUACCCGUUCAAGGGCGAAACGGCGCUGCCCACGCUGCACAUCCAUCGGCAGAGUUGCUUCCUGGUGGGACGCGAUCGCAAGGUGGUCGAUUUGGCAGUGGACCAUCCCAGUUGCUCCAAGCAGCAUGCGGCCCUGCAGUAUCGACUGGUGCCCUUCGAGCGGGAGGAUGGUAGUAAUGGCAAACGCGUGCGGCUCUACCUCAUUGAUCUGGAGUCGGCCAAUGGCACGUUCCUGAACAACAAGAAGAUCGAUGGCAGGAAGUACUACGAGCUGAUGGAGAAGGACGUGAUCAAGUUCGGCUUCAGUUCGCGCGAGUAUGUGCUGCUGCACGAGAACAGCAAGGAGGACCAGGAGGACGACGAUGUGCAUAUCAAGGAUGAGCCGCAGGAUGCGCCCGCUGAAGUAGCCAAUCCCUAGAUCGCAUAUGUGUUCUUAUUUUCGUUUAGUAUGUUCAUUUCUUUAAGCUUACCUGCAGACCUAAUAUAAUGUAAUGCGUUUUAUAACCCAAACCUUGGGCUAGAGAUAUGUAAAAAGUCUUAUACGGAACACGGUUUUGCGUGUUCACUGUCGAAACAAAAAUAAAUUCUCAAAUGAAAA